GGUCCGGUCUAUGGAACCACCCAGCACACAAAACAGAUAUGAUUUUGGAUGAUAAUGUCUCCAUCAUUUCAGUGUUUACUCUUUCUGGGUUGGGUGAGACAAUGGAAUACAGAACCACUCUCUUUUCUCUCACUUUGUUGUAUUACAUUGUGAUUAUUAUGGUAAAUGUUGCCCUAAUUUUGACUAUAAUUUUGGACGGAAAUCUCCAUCAACCCAUGUACAUCUUCUUGUGUAACUUGUGCAUCAGUGGACUUUUUGGUACUGCAGGAUUCUAUCCCAAGUUCCUGCUGGAUUUGUUGUCCUAUCAUCAUGUCAUCUCUUAUGCAGGAUGUCUGUUUCAAGCUUUUGUAAUAUAUUCUUCAGCCUGUAGUGACUUUGCUAUUCUGUCAGUGAUGGCUUAUGACAGGUAUGUAGCAAUCUGUAGACCACUGGAGUAUCACUCUGUUAUGACUAAACAGAGGGUCACUCAGUUAGCAUUUUAUCCAUGGAUUUUGACUUUUUCUUUAUUUACUAUUGCUGUUACAAUUACCAUUCAAAUGAAACUAUGUCAAACUCAUAUUGAAAGACUUUACUGUUCAAACUGGUCUGUGGUUAAGCUCUCUUGUAGUUUAACCAUACCAGAUUACAUUGUUGGAUACAUAAUCAUACUUUCUUCAAUUGGACAUUUUAUUUUCAUUCUAUGUUCAUAUACCUAUCUGGUCAGAUUAUGUCUGGAGUCCAUCAAAGACAGGGUAAAGUUCAUGCAGACCUGCAUGCCACAUUUACUGUCAUUAUUCAAUGUUUCCCUUGCUUUGCUUUUUGAUGUUCUGAACAAUCGAUACGGUUCUAGAAAUUUACCACAGAGUCUUCAGAACUUUAUGGCAAUAGAAUUCCUUGUUGUCCCUCCAAUUCUAAACCCUGUCAUUUAUGGUCUUAAACUGACUCAGCUUCGAAACAGAAUUCUGAGAGGAUUUAUGAAUGGGAAAAAACUGUCAAUGUUCCAGAUAAAUGACACUGGCUAA